CUAAGAAGCCACUUCUACGAGUAGAUCUUUGCUUGCAGCUCUUGUUGGAUUCUUGAGAUGGCUCUGCCAGGGCAGACAACUCCCGAAGGAGUACCAGCAUUUAAAUUGGUGCUGGUGGGUGAUGGAGGCACAGGCAAAACCACUUUUGUAAAGCGCCAUCUCACAGGAGAGUUCGAGAAGAAGUACGAACCCACCAUUGGUGUGGAGGUGCACCCGCUGGACUUCACCACAAACCGAGGCAAGCUCCGCUUCUUCUGCUGGGACACCGCCGGCCAGGAGAAGUUUGGCGGCCUACGUGAUGGCUACUACAUCCAUGGCCAGUGCGCCAUCAUCAUGUUUGACGUCACCUCCCGCCUCACCUACAAGAAUGUGCCUACAUGGCACCGCGACCUCUGCAGGGUCUGCGAAGGCAUACCAAUCGUGCUGUGUGGGAAUAAGGUGGACGUCAAGAACCGCCAAGUGAAGCCCAAGCAGGUCACCUUUCACAGGAAGAAGAACUUGCAGUACCAUGAGAUCUCAGCAAAGAGCAACUACAACUACGAGAAGCCCUUUCUCUAUCUGGCUCGCAAGCUCGUCGGGGACCCCAACCUGCACUUUGUGGAGCAGGUGGCGCUGAAGCCGCCUGAGGUGGUCAUCGACACAGUGCAGCAGGCGCAGUACGAGCAGCAGCUGCAGGAUGCUGCCAACGCUCCCCUGCCCGAUGAGGAUGAUGACAUCGCAGAGUAGACAGUCGCCUGCCGCCCACAUGACAGCAGAUGCGCUGCAGCAGGUUCCAGUAGUUCCUCCUGGCAGAGACCAUCUCUGGUGGAGGCGUGCAAUGGCCAUGAUUUGGCUGGGCCUGAAAGCAACCUGUCAUGCUGCUCCUGCAGUAAAAUGUGGCAAGUUUUGCACUGCUUGGCUAAGUCAGCUGCAAUGCAGAUGCAAGUGGCUUAGUGCUCUUGUUUCUGUUAGAGGAUGUGCCCUCCGCGCGUAAGGGAGACGAACAUCUGGCAACUCUUUGGGGCAUAGAGUUCUGGAACAGCCAUCCAUGACUCGAACAGUUUGCAUUGGAUGUGGGUCGCCUGAAUGCAUGACAUCGUCCCCUGUUGAUGUGCUGGUGUUGGGGUGGUAAUGUGUGAUUGCCAAGUGAAAAUUACGCAUGGCAACCUGCAACAUACAAAGCAAUCGCAAUAUAAUAACAUGUAUGUGCAUAAGUUACAAUCAUGUUCGUUCUCCCGUAUCUUUCGACACCACAUGGCGUCAUAAGAUUUAUCUCUUAAUGAGGAGUACCAUCAAUGUUCUCAAGAUUUGUAAAGGCUAGCAACUGC